AUGAUUUCCCCAAUCGCUCCGAUCUCCCACGAUGUGGUCACCUUCGCCCUAGAUGCUCGAGCAGAUUACGAUGCCUCUGAGCCUCUCUUCAUCGAUGCCCAAGACCCAAGUCGAUCCCUCAAUGGAGUGCAAUUUCCGUUUCUUGUCCGCACACUGAUAGCUGGUCUCAAGGCUCAUGGUGUAGGGAAAGGGGAUUGUGUCGUUGUCCACACAGGAAAUAAUGUUCUAUAUACGGCCCUCUUCCUUGCCAUCAUCGGAACUGGAGGAAUCUACAUGGGCUCCAAUCCUCACAGCUCUGUAGACGAGUUCAACCGUGUCGUUCAUCUGACCAAACCUCGACUCAUUCUUACCGAGGAAGAAGCAUUAUCUACUGUGCUCGCCGUCUCGGACAAGAACAACAUCUCAUCCAACAACAUCUUCCUCAUUAAUGAUGCAAGUAUCGACGCAACUAUCGCCUUUACCCACGGACAAGAGCAACCCUCCAUCCCAACUAAAACCACCCAGUCCUCUCUCCCAACAAUCCUCUCUUUUCUCUCCGAUAAAACCGCUGAUCCGGCGCUCAUCGUGGACCCUGAAACUGCCAAAGCCACACCCGCAGCUCUCUACCUGACCAGCGGCACCACCGGCCUCCCCAAAGCCGCCGUGCUCACCCACGCAGCACUCAUCGCCCGCCACCAGGCAAUCCUCUAUACUCCCCCCUACAAGGUCAGCCGACUCAUCUGCCUACCCAUUUUCCACGUCUUCAGCUCCCUCUGGACGCACCUCUUCCCCAUUCGCUACGGUCACCCUCUCUAUAUUCUACGCGGGUUCCAAAUGCCCGUCUUCCUGGACACCGUGAGACGGUAUCAGAUUAGCGAGACAUAUCUCGUUCCAGUGGUCGUGCACGCAUUGAACCAGGCCCCUGCGUCACUGGACGUUGUCGCCUCGCUUUCAUCGCUCAGAUACAUCGGGCUCUCUGGGGCCCCGAUCGAUCGCGACUCGAUGACUGCGUUCCAAGACAUCCUGCACCCCGAUGCAUGCGCCGGGCAGGUCUGGGGCAUGACGGAGUGCGGCGUCGUUAUUCAGAAUCGGUAUCCUGAGUCCGGAAGAUCGGGACAGGGUGAUCUUGGUAGUAUUGGGCGUGUCUUGCCCGGGUAUGAGGCUAAGUUGGUUUCUACCGCUGCUGUGGGUGAUUCCGAGGAGAGGCCGACAAGAGAAGUUGUCGAGGGUCAGAAUGUUUCUGGGCAAUUGCAUGUUCGGGGUCCAGGACUUUUCAAUGAGUACUUGGGGCAGGAGGAGGCCGUGGUCGAUGAUCAGGGAUGGUUUAGUACGGGCGAUGUGGCGUAUGUGAAUGCCGAAGGGGAUUAUGUGAUUGUGGGCAGGACGAAGGAGCUGAUUAAAGUGAGAGGCUACCAAGUCUCGCCUGCCGAGAUCGAAGCCGUGCUGCUCAAACAUCCGCUGAUCACGGACAUCGCCGUCAUGGGAAUCACUCUUGCUGAUGGUAGUACUGAGGCUCCUCGGGCUUAUGUGGUGCGCACAGGAGGUACGAAAGGCAAAUUGACGGCAGAGGAGGUCUUUGACUUUGUACAGCAGCGGCUGGCGAGCUACAAGGUGCUGGAUGGGGGCGUUUACUUUGUGGAGCGAAUUCCGCGAACCGUGAAUGGAAAGCUGCAGAGGGGGAAAUUGGCAAAGUUGAAUGAGCAGAGAGAGAUGUUGGCUGGACUGUUAGGGAAGUUGAAAGCGGCUAAUUAGGUAGUAUGCAGACUUUGGAUUUAUUGUCG